AUAAGCGUCUCCCAUCGAAGGCACUUAAGGCAUAUCUUGCCGGGCAUUUUUCCAAGUAACCGGGUGUUCUGGUUUUUGUAGGGCACUAUCAACCCAAAACUUCAAUUUCACCCAAUUUCGCGGGAACAGCCAGCGGAACAUACCAAAGAACUCCAAACAGCCUAGGACUCCACUCAUUCAACUCACCCCUUUCGAAAGGGUCGCUGGCGCCCACCUUUACUCUCACACUUGACCACGUCUCCCUGUCCAAACAUUGCCACAAUGGCCGACACUUUAAUUACAGAACACCCCGAGCCCAUGCUCGAUAUUGACCGGCACCUUAAAUACUGGAAGAUGUGCCUGCAAGCUCCGCUACCCAACCACUAUCUCCCUAAUGAGGGUGUGCGCAUGACUUUGGUCUACUUUGUUGUCAACUCGAUUCGCAUCCUCGAGGGAGGGACCUCCUCAACACCAGAGAAAAAGCGACCUCCGCUAAUUCCUCCGCAAGACCAUCGCCGACUCCGCCAAUGGAUCCUCUCACACCAGCAGCCCGGCGGCGGAUUCGUUCCGUCCUCGACCCUCCUCUACCCCUCUCAGGGGUACCAGGCCUGGGAGGCCGAGUCGGGCGCCGAAGAGAGGGAAGGGGCCGGACUGGCCAACCUCCCGGCCACGCUGUUUGCGCUGCAGCUGCUCGCGUUGCUGGCAGAUGAUGAUGAUGAUGCUGAUAAUGGUGGGGCCAGGAGCGCCUUUGACGGCGUCGAUCGGGCGCAGACGCUGAGGUGGCUGCGGCGGUUGCAGAGGCCGGAUGGGAGCUUCGGGGAGGUAUUAAAGUUGCUUCCGGGGAAGGGGUGGUUUGUGGGCGGGGGAUAUGACAUGCGGUACUGUUAUAUCGCGGCUUCGAUAAGGUGGAUGUUAAGGGGAGAUGUGAAGGAGGGAGAGGAGGGGUGGGUGGAGGAUAUCGAUACGCAGGCGUUGACGAGGUACAUUCUGGGCAGCCAGACCUACGACGGUGGCUUCGCUGGCAGCUCUCAGGAGGAACCUCACGCCGGCUAUGCCUACUGCGCCAUAGCCGCCCUCUCCCUGCUCGACCGCCCUCUCACCAACAGUACCGCCUUCCACCCCAACGCUAUCCUGCGCUCGGGCAUCCGUGACAUGCCCGGCUUGAUCCAUUGGCUCGCAUCCCGUCAGUUCGUUUAUCUCGAACCACCACCCCGUCCCCGGGAAGACGAUGGCGACGAUGAGGACGAAGACGAGGACAACUUUGUGCUCCCAGCUAACCCUGCCGACCUCGCCAAUGCCCCGGCUCCCGCCCUGCGCCACGUGGCCUGUAACGGCCGCUGCAACAAGGUGGCUGACACCUGCUACACCUGGUGGGUAGGCGCGGCGCUGGCGAACCUGGGGCACAAGGAGGUGCUGGACUGGGCGCCAUCGAGGCGGUUCCUGCUCGAGAAGAUGGCGCACCGCAUCGGCGGCUUCAGCAAGCACCCCGGCGGACCGCCCGACGUGUACCACAGCUGUUUCGGGCUGGCGGCGCUGGCCGUCAUGGGCGAACCAGGGCUGGCCGAGUUCGACAGCGCCCUUGCCGUGCCGGUCGCGACUGUGAGGGUCAUCGAGAAGGCGAGGGACGCGCUGCUUGAGAGGGCGAGGGGAAAGAAAGCGGGGUUGGUCAAGGGCGCGGUGGAGAUGGGACUUGCCAUGAAUGGGUCAAAACCGGCGUGGUUGGGUGCCGGAGAGGUCUAGCGAUUAUCAAAGUACCCUACGCUACGCUGGAAUCUACGCAACCGAGGGUUAUCAUCAUCAUGAAGACCCCACCGCAUGCUUGAUCAACCGCUUGUAUCCCUCCACCGAGUCCUCGAGGUCUUUA